CAUUUUUAUCAUGAAUUAACUCUAGUGCUUAUACAAGCUGUUUUCGUUUAUUUUACUGGUUGGUGUCAAUUAUUCAGGGUUAGAAACAUUGGUGUUUACUUGCAAUCAGCUUCUGAACCUGGACCCUCACGGAUUCACAAGGUUAAAGGCUGAAUACUGUGUUAUCCCCAAGGACAUAAUAUGAUUUCAACUAACCUCAUACACCAGUACCAAAUCAUAUAAGGCCUAUCGCAAUGGUUCUCUACAAGGGUUGGGCGUUAUCUUCUUGUGUUUAAGUUGUUAACUCUAUAAGUCUAUAGAAGAUUUUAUAGUCUAUAACUCUAUAUGACCGACCAUUCUGUUCUUGGUGGAACCUGUGCCAUUCCUGGUGCUUUUGGCUGUGGGAAAGCUUUUAUCAGUCAGGCACUUUCCAAAUACUCCAACUCCGAUGCUGUUGUGUAUGUUGGUUGUGGGGAGAGAGGAAAUGAAAUGGCUGAGGUUCUUAUGGACUUCCCACAAUUGACAAUGAUGUUGCCUGAUGAUCGUGAGGAAGCGGUCAUGAAACGUACUGCACUUGUUGCCAACACCUCUAGCAUACCUGUGGCUGCUCUUGAAGCCUCAAUCUACACAGGCUGAAAUGACAGUGGAUAUCAUGCCUAUAUAGCAGCACAUUUAGCAUUUUUCUGUGAACGUGCUGGUAAAGUAAAAUGUCUCGGUGGACCAGAAGGUUAUGGAAGUGUACAGUUUUCAGAUCAUGUGACUUCUGCAACCCCUAGUAUUGUGCAGGUAUUUUAGUUCAGUUUGUUGAAACUGCAAAAGUAAGUAUAUAUACAACUGUGUGGCUUCAACAACUCCUUUGUAAUGAUCUUCCAAUCAAUAAAAAGAUUUUUCGACGAAAGGAAAGAAAAAUGUUUAACUCAAAUUGAACCGGACACCGAAUGAAAAGAGUAGAAAACACCGAAAUUUCAAUCUCUGUAACGGUAGACGUUUUUUUUCCGAAUUGAAGCAACUGACGACAUAUUCAUUCGAAUUAUCUAACCGAAAAUGUCAUCAAUAGCAACCUACUCAACAUCUCAUUGACUAAUAAUGAUCCAAAACCAAUUAAGUAU